AUGUCGACCUCUAAAGUCAAAACUUCGACCUCUCAAGUCAAAGCUAGCGAGGCUUCGAUAAAAUGUCGCAGUUUCGUCUCCAAGCAACUAGCUCAAGGAGCAAUGCAAAGAGUUGCACAACGUCUAUACAAAAGAUCAGUAAUUAUCCAAGGUUCCGAUAGCAAAUACUUUGAUGAUUUCCCGAUGGAGAUACACUUUGGAGAAAGCUUGGAUUCACCUGAUUACAGGAGAGAGUUUGGUUUCUGUAAAAUUGAACAAAACAUAUUGGAAGACAAAGAAAGUGGAGAUGAAGUUCCAUCAAGUACAGAUGACGAGCAAGAAUACGAUUAUUAA